AUGAAACAAACCAAGCUUGAGAUCCAGAGGGCACUGGCAGAAGACUCCACAGUGUAUGAAUAUGACAAUAUUUACGACGACAUACAGCAAAAGAAGGCAGAAAGUCAUGCCAGCGCACUUGCAGGGAAAGGGGAAAAAAAGCCCAAGUACAUCCAAAAUAUUCUCAAGGCAGCCGAGCUAAGGAAGAAGGAGCAGGAAAAGAGAAUGGAGAAGAAGAUUCAGAAAGAACGUGAACUGGAAGGAGGCGUGUUUGAUGACAAAGAAGCCUUUGUAACAUCGGCCUACAAGAAGAAACUGCAAGAAAGAGCUGAGGAGGAGGAAAGAGAGAAGAGGGAGGCAGCAAUUGAGGCAUGUCUGGAUGUGACCAAGCAGAAGGAUCUCAGUGGCUUUUACAGGCACCUGCUAAACCAGGCAGUGGGGGAAGAGGAGAUGCCCAAAUGCAGCCUUCGGGAGGCCAGGAUAAAGGAAGAAGAACCCAGUGGGAAUUCCUGUGACUCCAAACAAAUAAGCAAAAACCUGGAUGAGAGGACAAGUUCCCCCAUUCCUCUAAAGGCAGAAGAUAACCCAGAUGCAGACAGUGACUUGGAAAUGGGUACUAGCGAUGAGGAGAACAGUGCUAAAGCACACACAAACAGCGGAACUGGCAAUAAAAGGGAGAGUAGGCAAGGCCACUCUGACCGUAGUGGGGAGAGUUCCAGGCAUCACAGGAGCCGAAGGGACUCAGGGUCAUCCAGCGAGGAGAGAAGUUGCCAUCAGAAGGUGCCUUCAAGUCAUCCAGAGAAAGAGGAGGGUGGGGGCAGGAAGGAAAGAAGUGGGCAGCACAGGGAAAAGGAACGUGAGAGAAGACACAAACACCAUGAAAAAGAGGAACACUCUAGACCCGAGAACCAUCAUAGGAUACGGGAAGAACAGGAUGAGAGGCAGAGGAGAAAAGACAGGAAAGAGAGGGAUGAUUAUGAUAGAGAUCUGAAGGCAUGGAGAGACAGAGAGGAAAUGUAUUCUGAGUGGGAACAGCAAGAGAAAGACCGGCACAAAGACCGGCACAGGGAUAGGGAGAGGGACAAAGGGCCACGGGAACACAAAGAGGAGAAGCAGCAGCAGCAAGAAAGGAAAAGUGGUAGCCCUGGGCCCUUGGCAAAAGAUUGUCAUUGGGUUCCAGAAAGUGAUGGCAGGGGAGAAAACCCACUCAACUCUGAGAGAUCGUUAGAAUUGAAGCACAGGACUUCAGGGGUGGGAGCAGAGGAAGCAGAGAAACCUCCAGAGAGCCAGAGCAAAUUUGCGAAGCGGAGUAACGAGGAGACAGUGGUGUCAGCAAGAGACCGCUACCUGGCUCGGCAGAUGGCCCGUGUGGGCACCAAGUCUUACAUAGAAAAAGAAGAGGAUUAG